UUUCAAAAUGAUCAUAUAGUGCCAGAUGUGCUCAAUGCUUGUCCGUUAACCACAAACAAGAUCACAUUUUCUAAUAAUCUCACGGUCAACCUAGGCAACGAGCUGACUCCAACUCAAGUAAAAGACCAACCCUUGGUAGAAUGGCCAGUCACUCCGGGCACACUAUACACAUUGGCUACAAUUGAUCCUGAUGCGCCCAGCCGUAUUAGCCCAACUAUGCGCAGCGUAAAGCACUGGCUGGUAGUCAACAUACCUGACGCUAAUAUAACUGCUGGCGAUAUAUUGGCCGGAUUUAUAGGUUCGGGUCCGGGCAAAGGGUCGGGUCUUCACCGGUAUAUUACCCUAAUAUACAAACAGACCAAUCGUAUUAAGGGUCUCGUGCGAAAUGAUACCAUUCCUAGUAGGUUGGGUUUUAAUAUGACCAAGUUUGCUCUGGAUCAUAAGCUUGGUGAACCCGUGUCGGGUAAUUUUUAUCACGCUCAAUGGGACGAGUAUGUGGAUGAGCGUGAUAAUGAUCGGGCCUUUAGAGAUGAUGGUAUUGUACCCGAUGUGAUCGAUGCCAGUCCCAAAGGUCGGAUUGAAGUUACAUUUGCAAAUAACAUAACGGUCAAUUUGGGCACUCAGCUCACACCAGCUCAAACUAGCCAACAACCAUUGGUAGAGUGGCAAACAGUAAAAUGCGCGCUCUACACCCUGGCACUAGUAGACCCGGAUGCGCCCAGUCGUGUUGACCCCAUAUAUCGCAAUUGGCGACACUGGCUAGUAAUGAACAUACCGGGCAAACAGAUUAGUUAUGGUAAUAUUAUAUCGGCAUUUGAAGGACCGGCACCACCGGCGGGCACGGGUUACCAUCGUUACGUGUUUUUGGUUUACGAACAAAAGCAGGGUUAUAUUGAACCGCCACCUCGCGAUGAUGUAAAUAGGCAACGUUUUAGCAUAGAGGAAUUUGCCACUAAUUAUACAUUGGGUGAACCGGUGGCUGGAAAUUAUUUUUUGGCCAACAUUAAUUUACAUUUU